AUGACUGAAGACGAAUACAACAUUACUCUUACACGUGGAUUUUGGCAUGCAGACAACGUUAAAAACGAAGAUUAUUAUUUAGAAUCUUCCCCGGAAGUUGAUCAAGUUUAUACAAUCGAGAUUGAACAUGAACUCAACAUUGGAUUAAACGAGAAAACAUGGAUAUAUUAUGAAGGCGUAAAUAAAUACUUCAAUGGUAUUGAUUCGAUUAAUGAUAUAAAAUGUGUCAGGCUUUGUUUUGGUGAACUUCUCAAAGUACUUGGAAAGAGAGAGAAGAUAACAGUGAUAGAGUUUAAAGUUAUUAAAACGUUGACUUUAUUUGAUAUGAUGAAAUCAAUUCGUCCAAUUGCGUUUCCAGACCAUUGGCACAAUUAUAUUCGUAGGGGAGUUGGUGGUGCGACAUUAUACGUCACCAAAUACGAUAAGUUUUUUACAAUUGAUUAUGAUUUUCAAGGUGAUAUACAACAAGAAUAUAUUGGAAUAGAAUAUGAAAAUGAAAUCUAUAUAUGUAUGAUCAAGGAAAAUUACUUUGCGAAUUCAAAUAUGCUCUAUUGUGGAAAGUAUAUUAUUCCAGAGUAUUUGAGAGAAUUACUGCCACUAGUAGUAUCUCAAUAA